AUGCCUCUCGAUGUGGCAGGUGCCAAGCGGCCACCUUCUCCUACCAACGAUGCCCCGACACAGCGUGUCCGCUUAGACAGAAAGGAUGUGAGCAUUGCGCUAGAGUACCAGCGUCAUAUUCAGCGCGUCACCGCCUUUGUUGUCGUGAGCACGACGUGGGCCCUGGAUACCCCGCUGCCAUGCCAUGUCCUUCAAAAGGAGAACGAUACCAUUCUUCACUUUUCUCAUGCAUCGUUGGAAGAUAUCUACAUACGUACGCCAUGGCCGAUUCUGCUAGGGACGUACACGGCGGCGUGGUCGGAUGGGUACGUGCUGACGAUGCCCACCGCCGCAGCCUCGCGCAUGCCGCCGAUCAUUGUGAGUACGCCAUGGCUCGCGUUGCAGGAGCCGGUCUAUGGACUGGCCUGUGGAUCGUGUGGUGCAGAUGUUGUGCGUUUUGCUGGGCCGUCGCAACUUCGUGCCUUGCCAUCGGAGGGCUGGGAAGAGCUGGUCGAUGCGUGGAUGUGCCACGGUGAUCAGCGGCUCAAUGUCAGUGUCGCCCGUGGGCGCGAAGACGUAGACAUGCAUCGAAUUCCAGCCGAGGACGAAGUAUGGGUCGGCACUAUGCUGCUCAAAACGUCCAAUGCACCGCUUGUCCCAGGCGCUAUCGAUGUGGGCGAGACGACGUGGACUCUCCAGGAGGUACGUAUCUACUGA